AUGCCGUUACUAGUAUUGACUGGAUAUCCUUCAUCUGGAAAAACUACGAUAUCUGAGAGAAUAAAGCGUUUUUUGGAAGAAAAAGGUCACAACCUUGUUAGAAUACUGGACGACUACUUUGAUUCAGAGUAUGAAAAGACAAUUGAACAAUAUGCUACGAAAAGAAAGGUAAUAAUAUUUUAUUAGAAAUUGUUUAUUCUUAGUUAACUGAUCAUAACAACUGCAUGAGGUCGGAAGUUCUACGCUGCUUAUCUGCUGACAAGGAAGUUUUCUUAAUCGUGGACACGCUCAGUUAUGCCAGAAGUAUGUUUUCAAAUUUCUUCACUUUUUUGAUGUUUUCUGUUGUUUUUCACUUUUCAAUUUUAGGUCAGAGAUACGAGCUUUUCACAGUGGCCAAGAAUGUAAAAACGACAUUUGGAAUAUUAUUUUGCGACACAAAUGAAGCGACGUCUUCUUACUUGAACGAACAAAACCACAACUACUCUGAAGAUCUGUUGACAGAUUUGAUAGCCAGAUACGAAAAGCCUAAUGCUCGACUGUCUGGCGAAAAACCGUUAUUUGAAGUCAUAGUCAGAAGAGGAAUGGAAUCAGAUUUGGACAGUUUGCCCCAGAAUGUUGACUUGCCUCUAGAUGACAUUUAUGAAAGUCUGGCUUUAGCCAAACCAUUGAAAAAUAAUGCUUCAGUAGCGGCUUCCCAUAAAAUAAGCACGGACUUUGUGCAAGAAGUGGAUAAAACUACGCAACAAGUAAUAAAGCAUAUCUUGGCCAACCAAGGUCAGGUUGGUGUUGGUGGAUUCAUCGUGUUUCCUUGGGAUGUUGAAGUACGAUAUCAAGUUAAGAAAGUCACUUCAUUGCCUACUCUUUCAAGGUAUAGGACCCAGUUCUUGGACAUGACAAGAAAGAAUCUAAUUGCAUCUGGGACUUCUGUUACUAAUUUGUUUGUUGAUUACUUGAAGUCCGUUGUAUAA